AUGGAGAGUUCUGAAGAUGAUGCGGGCACCGCAACAAGCACUUCCCGCCGCCCAUCGGCGCGGGAAAAGGACGUCGAGCGACCUGAAAACGUCUGUGCAACUGGAAGUUUACAGCAAAAAUCAUCUGAAGCGCCAGUGUGUUGCGAAACCCCCGCGAUGUCGGAAGAUAAUUUCGAUGGAGAGAGCGUUUCUUCGCCGUCGACGCAAGACGUCAACACAAGCACUGAAGCGAUCUUAGACAUGAUCGACGAGAUUGUUGAUGGGCCUGGAGCACCAAAGCGAUUGCCACUUACCUUGCAAAACGUAGAGAACGUCGCGAAACUUGACACUGCUGAAUGUUUAGGCGUUGUAACACAAACGUCAAAUAGUGAACCUGAGGGCAAUCUGUUACAGGAGUCAGUUUUGGAAAGUACUAAAAAAGCUAAAGUUGAUGAUGAAAAACUGAGUUCUGCUAAUGUCCAAUUAGGCAGCGCGUUUAUACAUGAUGUAUCAACAAAAACAAUUGACUUGCCAGAAGUUGACAGUCAUACGCUUUCAAGUAAGAUAUCUGAAUCAACAAGUACUCAUGACUCUGUAGAAUUGAGUUCGGUGGUGCCACAUAGCCGACCACUUUCUAGUAUUCCUUCCAGCAGUGUAGUGCAAACAGAACAAAGUGUAUCUGAUAGCAAUGAAACUCAAACAUGUGAACGGACAGUAAAGUGUGUGUCAUCAAGUGAUAACCAAGACAAUGUUGUAGGCAGUGCUGAAUGUACUUCAAGUGACAAUAGUUUAAGUCAAAAUAGAGCUGUAGUUUUAGAUCAUGUUACUCAAUCACCAUUACGACGACGCCUUGUAAGGCCAGCGCCCAGUGACCGCCGCCCCGACUCCACUGUGUCUUCUACAGUUGACUUGCAAAGUAUUAAUGUUGUAGCUUGUGAACAAUCUAGUAGUGAGUGUAUUGUCAAGGAUGUGUCCAGUUCGUCAGAUGCAGUACCUGUACAUGGUAAUGUUAAGCCAGAUGAGAUUAGAAAUGUAAAUGAAGUAAGUAUCUGCAAAGCAGAAACAUCGGUGAGUCCCCUUAAAAGAAUUAAGCUUAAUAGACAAAAAGUUAAUACCCAAGUAAGCUGUAGAGACAUAACACUUGAUCAACAAUCAUCUGUUACGAGUGAACAAUGUCAAUCAACUUCAGGGACUAUUUUAAAUGAAUCUGGUUCCGAUUCUACAAAUAUAAUAAGCACAUCAAAAUCGGAUAUUACAGAUUGUAAUGAGGUUUUAAAUGUAAAAAGUAAAAUUAUUCAAAAACAUAUUCCAAUAGACCUUUGUAUUUCAUCUGAAGAGCCUUUGAAUGAGUGUUGUAUUGAAAAAUCACAAAAUGAAGCAGCAAUACUUCUAACAAAUCAAUGCACAAGUAAUGCACCCCCGUCUCAAGAAAGUCUGAUAAAUAAUGAUCUGAAAAAAGUUCCACCAAUAAAACUAAAUCUUUCUGCUACUUGUGGGAAGGAUUCAGUCUCAGAUUUAAGUGUAAAACUUUCUGAACAUAAAAGUGACAAUAGCUGCAGUAAGCAAGUAGCUGAGGAAUCUGACUCAACCAAACAAGUACCAAAAUUAACUAUCAAACUGAGUAAUAAACAAACCGAGGAACUAAAACCUCCUGUUCCAAAAUUGACUAUAAAACCAAUUAGAGUGCCUUUAGAAGAAGAAAUCAUUAAAUCUGAUAUUCAAAAUGAAAUUCCAUGUGUAACUAAAUUAAAUAUUAAACCUAUUCCUAAAAGACCAGAGAAAAUAAAUAAAAUUCAUCGUAAAUCUAGUAGCAGUGAAAUAUCCGAAUCAGAAUGUUCUGAAAAUGAUGAUAGUCCUAGUACAUCAGAUCAAGCCUCAACAUCAGAUCAAGGACCAGUUGAUGUUGUACCAAAAGUAACUAUAAAACUUGGUAAAGUUGGCACUGAAACUGAAGGGCAAUUCUAUACAGAAAGAAAUAUAACAAAACUUACAAUAAAAGGUAUUCAGCAGAAUGAAAAUGAAGAGCAAGACCAUUCAUCAAAUUUAAAACGUGUCAUUAGUCAACCUGAAGAUAAGCCAACAGAUAAAAUACCAAAAUUAACAAUUAAAACCAUAGCUAAGACUGAGAGUCAACCACUAAGUCCAAAGUUUACCAUAAAGCCUAUAAAACAACCAGAAACUGCAAAUAAAGACAGCAUAAUUGAUCAAACAGAAAAUCAGCAUAUACAAAAACCAAAAAUAUCUACGGAUUCAUGUUCACCUAGUGUUGAAGGAAAAGAUAUUAUGCAUGUACCCAAAAUUACAAUUAAACCUGUUGUUAAAACGGAAUCUUCAAAAAAAUGCAGUACUUCAUCUGAAAGUUACGAAAACAUCCCAGUUGUAACAAAGCUCAAUAUAAAGCCGAUUAUUAAACCUUCAGAAAGCAAUGAAAUAAUGGAAAAUUUGGAUGAUAAAGUUCCUGUAGUUUCAAAAUUAAACAUUAAGCCUAUAGUUAAACCAAAAGAAAAUGAGAUAGAUUGUAACAAAGAAGAUUUACCUAAAAUUACAAAAUUACAUAUUAAACCAAUAAAAAACCCUGAGGUGAAACCAUCGGAAGAAGAGGACUGUGAUUCAAAAAUUGAAACAAAUGCAAAUAGUAUACCUGUUGUUACUAAAAUUAAUAUUAAGCCCAUAGUUAAGCCUAUAUGUGAUGAUGUAUCAAAAGAUGAAAAUUUUGGGCAUCAGUCUUCAGAAAAUUCAAGUGAUGACAACUCUGACCAAAUACCUGUGGUUACAAAAUUAAAUAUAAAACCUAUAAUAAGACCAAAUGAAGGUGAGGAAUCAAAACCUGGCAUAUCAAAUGAUGACAGUAUUCCUAUUGUAACAAAACUUAAUAUAAAACCAAUACUGAAGCCAGAAGAAAAUACUUCCGCUUUAUCACCUAAAAAAGAAAGCUUAAGAAGUUCUGAUCAUAGGAAUUCUAUAAUACCUGUUGUUACUAAAUUAAAUAUUAAGCCUGUUUUAAAACCUGAAGAAACACACAAAGUUAUGCAUGAAGCAGAAGAUUUGACAGUAAAAAAUCCUCCAUUGGUUAUGAAAAUCAAUAUGAAAACUGUGGAUACUGGUAGUAGUGAAAAAGUUCUUAUUAAUUCAGACAAAUGUGGUGACAAUGAAGGACACAUAAAUAAUGCAGUGGAUGAUGUAUCUAUAAUGUCAAAAAUGUUAAAUAUUAAGCCCCAAUCAAAAAUAGUUAGUGAAGAUGUAUCUUCUAAUAAAUCUUCUGAUGAUAAUGAACAAAAUACUGCAUUUGUUGAAGAUAUAUCAAGUAGUGUAAUUAUUAAGGAUACAGAGGAUCAAUCUAAUAGUUUACAUUGUGUGCUAAAACAAAACUGUGUUGCUGGUGUUAAUGAAAAAGUUAGUAAUAUGCAGAAUAUUGAAACACCUGCAGAAGAAACAUUAUUGGAUGUCAAGAAAAAACUGUCAACUUGUGAUACUCCCAUGUCUAAAGAAAGUGCAAUUCAACAUCCCAUACCACACAAAUCUGACAGUGUUUCUAAUCUAAAUAAAACAGAUUGUUCUCAAUCAAAUAAAUCAAGCAACGAUAAUAAUGAAAACAAUUUAAAAGCUGCUAAUUUAUCAUUUGAAUGUGUAGUGCCUAAUAUAAGCAACAAACAAAGUUCUCCAUCAACACAAAAUUGCACUUUAUUAAAGAAACUUCUAGAGACUAAGAAUGAAAGCUUAGGUGUAAAAAUGGAUGAAAAUCAAACUGUAAUAAGUAAUUGUUCGUCUCCAACCUUAAGAUCGAAAACCCCAGUCUCCGAUCACAAGGAAGAAGCAACCUUAAACAGUAGUACUAAUAUAACAAAUUCAGGAGCUUGCCAUAAAAUUGAUAUUGCCAAUAAUGAACCCAUUAGUUCAAGCGAUGGAAUUAUUAACAGUUCAAUUAGAAAUCAUUUAAUGGAGGGAAUUACAAAAGAAAUUAAUGAAAAUUUAACAAAACCUUUAGAAAUUAAUGUAUCAGAAAAAAUAACAAAUCAAAAUGUAGCAGAACAAGACUCACCUCGAAUAAUAUUAAAGAUUAAUAAGACUGAUCAUGGCCCUUCAGCUAAAAUUAUGACAGAAGACAUAAAAAUACCAGAACAACAAAUUUAUACAGCUGAAAAUACUCAAGAUGAAAUUAAUGAUAGCGAAAACAUUAAAAAGAAUACCUUAAACAGCAGGAGAAAAACAUUUGGAAAUAUUAAUCCAACUUUACAAUUAGGUAAAAGAUUAAGGAGUUCCAGGAUAGUAGAAAAUGCAGAUAAAUCUCCCACAUCAAAAAAGAAUAUUUUAAAAAGGCCAUCAACUACAGAUACUAGUCCAACUCCGAAUAAAGAACCAGAGCUAUCUGUUCUUGAAACAAAAAGGUUGAAGUUGGGACAACUUUUAUCCAAUAAAUCAUUAUCUGUAACACCAGUGGUUACCAAAACUGAACAGUUAUCGCCAGCAAAAAAGCCAUCUGUAGAGAUUAAGCAAGCGGGAAAAAAUGUAAAUCACAAUGUAUUAAAUAGCGAAAAUUGUUCCAAAAAUGGCAAUUCCAAAUUACAUAACAUUUUAUCCAAUUUGCAUUCUAAUCAACAAAUACAAGUAAAACCCUUCAAUGAUAUUUGUCAUUCUGAUAAGAAACAAAAUUUAACUCCAGAACCUGAAUCUAGUGCUUCAACAGGUAGCUGUGACCGAGUUGAAUUGAUGCCAAUAGGAAAAGAUCAACCUGAGGUGCAAGAAUUGAUUUUCCAUGAUAACUCGGGGUCACAUGAUUUUAACAUGGCAUCUGAAGAAAUAGCUCAAGAUCCAUUGGAAGUAGAUUGUCCAAAACCUCCAUCAGGAAUUCGUAUUGAAAAUUUUAACAUUCCUAAGCCUACACCACCACUCAUGGUAUCUACGCCGCAACCAAGGAAGCGUGGUAGGCCACGAAAAAUUCCUCUGUCAGAAGGUGCCAAGGUUGUCUUGCCUACACCUGCGCUUGAAGAGAGACCUCAAAGAUCUUUACGCUUAUCGAGGGAUAGACCUAUGAUAUUAACAAAACCAAGAGGUAGAGGACGAGGACGUGGGUCACGACGUCUAGAUAACUCUUCCAAUCCAUCCUCAUCUGAAACAGUGAUGGAAGCAGCAAACAAAUUUUUUGAAGAGCAUAAAUCUGGAGAAGCUAUUGAUCCUACUAGUUCAAGAAUAAAACUUCCACGGAUGACUGAAGCUUUGGAUAAGAUGCCUUGUUCAACACCACUCAGCAGUAGGAGACGGAAUUCAUCAAUAGGAGAUUUGAAACUCUUCAGUGAUGUUUCAGAAUUGAAAGUUGUACUUGAUGGUACACUGCCUAACUUGGAUGAUUCAUUUAUGAAGUCACCGGAAGGUGGAGAGCGCCGGGGGCGAGGUUCACGAGGGGGGCGAGGGAGUAGAGGUGGUAGAGGCCGUGGAGUUAGUCGUGGCCCACGAGGUCGAGGCAGAGGACGUGGCGGUGGUCGCGGUGCUAAGUACAUGAAGGAAACCUUGGGCAUUUACGGUCGUGUCUGUGGUCCUGCUACAACAACAGUACAAUUGUUUGAAGAGGAAACUUGCAUGAUGGAUGACAAUGCUACUCCUGCAAAGCCAUCACAUUUACUUGAUGAGGAUUCACAAAGUUCUGUAAAAAGUUCAACUAAUGAGAGUAGUAAAACGAAAAAAUCCAAAUUUGCAGAUUUAUUUGAUAGCAAUAAAGUGUGGACAGCUGCUGAUGUUAAAGAAUACAUGUGGCCACCACCUGAGAAACCUUCAGCUGACCACCAGGUAAUGAUGAUUCAAGAACAAGUUGCUAUGUUCCUUGGUGUCAAAAGUUUUAAGCGGCGAUAUCCCGAAUUAAAAAGACGAACAAUUUCUGGCGAGGAAAGGGAUUAUGUUUUAAGCAAAGGACUAGUUACGGAAGCACUUUGUGAUCUUGGAAUUACUGCAGUAGAUGCAAGUGAAGUCUUAGACAUUAUGCUAUCGGACUACCCACAUAAGUAUGAGGAAUAUCGUUCCCAUCAAUGCCGGAGGCAGCUAACUGAACCUCAGGAGGAGACAGUGGAAGAAAUAAAACAGGAGAUAAAGGUGGAGAAAAUUGAAAUGAAACAAGAGCAAAAAUCAAUAGACAAUAAACCAGAACAAUCAAAAGUCGACCUGGAAAAGACUAGACAGGAUAUGGCGGCCGCGGCGAUUGCGUCGGCGAGCGAGUGGAACGCGCGGCUGAACGCGUCACGGCGGCCGGCGUGCGCGGACCUUCAGUCGCUGACGCUGCAGCGCAGGCGUGCGCCGCCCGCCGCACCACCGCCGCCCCGCGUGCGCCCGCCGCACGGCUUCUACCCGCUGGCGCUGCUGCCCGGCCAGUACCAGCACUGCUACCGCGUGUACUCCAGCGAACAGCUCAGGCCAGUACCAGCACUGCUACCGCGUGUACUCCAGCGACCAGCUCAGGUGGGGUGCCGCCGCACGGCAUCUACCCGCUGGUACUGCUGCCUAGUCAGUACCAGCACUGCUACCGCGUGUACUCCAGCGACCAGCUCAGGUGAGGUGCCGCUGCCCGGCUUUUACUCACUGGCGCUACUGCCCGGCCAGUACCAGCACUGCUACCGCGUGUACUCCAGCGAACAGCUCAGAUACUUCCCGCUGAAUACGGCACUAGCGGCCCCGCCUGCUUUAGCGUCUGUCGAGUCCAGCUCUGACUCGGAGCCGGACUGGAUCGAGCGCUCUUCCUCCGCGGAAUCCGACGUCGAGUCGCACCCUCCCAAGCGUAAGAAGCUGAUAAAAACCAAACGCAGCAGUCAAGCUGAGUCAAGUCAAGUGGUUGUGAAGGAGGAACCACCACAGGAGGGCGAAGUGGAUACUUGUCGUGUUUGCAAGCUGCGGCUCGAAGCCAAUCGCAAAUACACGCACGAGCGGUUCCUCGUCUGCUCCAAUUGUAACGCUAAGCUGCACCCGGGCUGCGUGGAGCUGGGCGCGGACACGAUCCGCAAGUGCCGCGAGUACGCGUGGCAGUGCGCCGAGUGCAAGACGUGCUGCGCCUGCCGUCUGCCGGCCGACGACGACAAGAUGCUGUUCUGCGACCUGUGCGAUCGCGGUUUCCACAUCUACUGCGUGGGCUUGCAGCACGUGCCUAGCGGUCGGUGGCACUGUGCGGAGUGCGCGGUGUGCAAGUCGUGCGGCGCGCGCGAACCGGGCGGCGCGGCGGGGCGCGGGGGCGCGGGCGGCGGAGGCGAGGCGCCGGCCGAGUGGCACCACCAGACGCGGCGCGGGCCCGGCGGACACAAGCUCUACUCGCAUUCGCUGUGCACGCCCUGCGCCAGGGCGUAUCGCAUCGGUCGCUACUGCCCGCUGUGCGAGCGCUCCUUCAUCGGGCCUAAGGGGACUAUGCAGCUCGUCAUAUGUAAACUCUGCGAUAGGCAACUGCAUCAAGAUUGCGUUAGGCAGACGGUGUCAAAUCUGAACGUGCUGGACUACACUUGCGGAGACUGCCGGCGCGGCGGGAUCACCUCUAGAGCGGCGGCCGUCCGCCUCGCGCCGAGGACGAUCGCAACGCUUUUUAUGGCAAAGCGCCGUUUCAACAAGUACGCGCACCGCCAAUACAUGCAGAGUCGUCUGCAAGGGCGGUCUAAAGCCUCAGAAAAUUCGAACGACAUAGUCGAUGACGCGACUAACGACGCGACCAACGACGCGAUCGAGUCGUGCGAGCGUCCCCACAGAGUCGACGACGCGUCCGACGUGUCGGACGGCGCUGAAGAAGUCCAAGACCCGCUUGACGUCGGUGACAUCCCACCCGACUCCACCGACCCGACUGAUUGA